AUGGCGCCGGCCCAUGAUGCAUUACCGCUUCCACAUGUUCGGAACAGCUACUAUGCGAUUAUGUCGAUCCCAUGGGAUGCAUCCGAAGAAGAAAUCCGCAGGACGUACCACUCUCUCAUGCGCGAAUUCCACCCUGACAAAGGUGGCCGCCGCAUAGGUGGUGCUGCAACAGCCGAACAUUUCCAUGAGGUGCAAAGUGCAUAUCGGUGUCUCUCUCAUCCCACGAGGAGGCUGCAAUAUGAUCUGAGAACCUUUGGACGAUCUUCCAUCGCUGUGGGAUCGGAGGGCGAAGAGCUUUUGAUGCGCUGCAAGGAGCAGGCAGAAACCGAUCUUCGAAAUAUGGAGGUGCAGCUUCGCCGGAUCUUGCAGGAAGAACGGAAGGUCAAAGGGUUGGUUGUCACGCAGGCACUUUAUGGCAACUUGCAGCUGCGUGAAGAGAUCUUGCACGAAGCUUUGGUGGGUGACAGGCCUAUACGCGGGGAAGACUUGGUCGGGCCGUGGAUAGAUGUGACCCCGGCGCUGCAGUGCUUGGUGGAGGAACACAGGAUUAUUUUACAUGGCGGCGUCACUGCAUCGAAGGUGGACUUGCCAGGAGUCUACAACCCACUACCUUUGGAUUCGGAAGCUGAGCUCAGCCUCUAUGUGCAGUACCAGUUCCAGGAUGCAACACACGAGGUUACCGUGGGCGACCGUCAGCCGCUCUCUAUGCCAUUGAGGACGCACCUCGUAGCCAAGGGAACGCAUCCGCGAGGGCCUUUCGCUUCAUCGAAUGCCGACCUUUUGAUGCACAGAAGGCAACGUGAUGCAAUCGCUCCACGACUGCGGCUGCUGUCCCCAGAGGAGGCGCUACAGAAAGUUGUUCAGGCCCACUUGGUUUGGCGACUUCACCGACAACCCGGGGACGUUUCCAAGCGCGAGUACCGCCUCGCGCUAUCCACAUGUGCUCUGGCUGCUGCAAUGGCCCUCUUCUUCAUUCUGCGUUAA